GUCGCCUGCAAAUUGCCCAGCACACAUUGUUUUGUUGUUGUGGUGAGCGGUUGGUUAACUUGUACGCAAGUUCGCAAGUUCGCAAGUUCGUUUUUGUAACGUUGAUGACGGCGGUGAAAAGCAACGUUUGGCUUAAACUUUUUCGCAUUAAAGUUUUGUAACGUGUUUGAGCGGAAAGUCGCGCUUGAAAGCAAAGAAAGAGUCCCAAAAAAUAAUUGCAAUUCGCAUAAUUAAGAAAAAAAUCAACCAUUUAAUUCAAAACUGUGUUUUGUGCGUGUGUGUGCUCAACGUAAAAAGAACAACAUUUUGUUGUUGUGUGCUGCACAAAGCUGCAGUGUUUAUUGGUCGAGUGUGCGAUUUUUACUGCGAGAGCUCGGGAAAUUUGUGUAAAUCGAUUCAUAUAGGAGAAAAUUGUAGAGAAAGGAUUUUAAGUAAAAAAUAUACAAAUCGUGAAAUUCUUUCUCUGAAAAAGAAGCAAGUGAAAAAUAUAUAAGUACAACUAUAUUUUGUGCAAAUUGGAAAAAAAAUAUAAACCAAAAAGUUAUGGUUCAAGUGAUAUAGUGGAGUAAAGGAAACACAAAUUGCUCAUUGUGUGUUGCUUAUGUUGUUGCUACAAUUGCGACGCAUCGUGUUGUUUUCGCUGCCAACAACUUUUAAUUCUCUACACUAAAUGAAAAAUCGCCUUUUGGCUGGUAAAUAUCUGAAGAGCACUAAAUUUGAGUUUUCGCUCAAGGUUAAUAACAGCGCGAUAAAAAUACGAAAAUAGAAGAAACGAAAAUUGAAAAACGCACAUUUGCUGAAAUUUUCCUUUGGCGGUACAGUAGCAGCGAUAAUGUCGACAACUUCGUCUAUUGAUACACCCACAUCUCCGAGUGCGCCAUUGCCAUCCCAUCAAUCACAUCAUAACCACCACCACCACCGCCAUCAACAUCAACCUCAACAACAUCAAUACCAACAACAUCAACAUCAGCAUCAGCACCAUCCGCAUCAGCAUCAGCAUACGACCACAGCAAUUGUUGUCAGCGCUGGCGCUGGCUCCGGCCAUCAUCACACCAAUUCGGUCAAUAAUUUCACUCACUUCAGCCGUCAUCGCACCCACUCGUCCUCAUCUUCAUCGAAUAAUUCUUUUAGCGGCGUCACUGGCGGUGUUACCUCCAUGAAGUCUGGCACAGCAGUAGGUAACACCAAUAAUGGCAACGGUAACGGCAAUGGCAACGGCAACGGCAACUCUAAUGGCAAUGGCAACGGCAACGGUAAUAACUAUAAACCAAAUAACAGCAAUGACGGCAGUAGCUCCAGUGGUAACGGCUGUGGUGGUGGCAAUGCGGGCAAUAUGCACAAUCAGUCGACACACUCACUACUGACCCCGUCAUCGUCGACAUCCUCGUCACCUUCAGUAUCGGCCUCGGCCUCCACUUCGGCUGCUGUGCAUCACUCACAUCCGUACCAACAACAACAACAACAACAGCAUCCCCCGUUGCAGCAGCAGCAACAACAGCAACAACAACAAUACACUUCGUAUUCACAACGCGGCGUUGCAAGGCCAUCAACGUCAUUCUCGACCCCUGACGGCGCCGUAACCGCUGUGGCCGUCACGACCAUCUCCACGAACACACCGGGCAGCAUGAAGCGCCAUCACACCGACGUAUCGGUGUGCUCGUCCGGUUCAUCGUCGUCUUGCUGCUCUAGCACCGGUUCGGUUUCGGCAGUCGGCGUUAUGGGCGCCGCUGGCUCUACAGUGAAUGCUGCCAUCGUAACUACACCAUCUGUGGUAAGCAGCAAUGGCGGUGCGGUGAUUACGCAGAAAUUGAGCAGGACAAUUCCAUCAGAUAAGAUAAAUUUACGUUUAAUACUCGUUAGUGGCAAAACAAAAGAAUUCCUAUUUAAUCCAUCAGAUUCUGCUGGUGAUAUCGCACAAACAGUAUUCGAUAAUUGGCCUGAAGAUUGGGAGCGUGAAGCCGUCUCCAAGGCCGAAAUAUUACGUCUCAUAUAUCAAGGUAGAUUUCUACAUUGCAAUGUAACUUUAGGCGCACUGGGACUUCCGCUGGGCAAAACGACUGUUAUGCAUUUAGUGCCGCGUGAUAAUUUGCCAGAACCCAAUUCGCAAGAUCAAAGGCAGAAAAGUAAAGGCGGUUCCAGUAGAUGCUGUUCAACGACAUGCUGUAUUUUGUAACUAAAUUAGCUCAUAGUAAAUAAAUUAAUUUAAAUAUAUAUAUAUUAUAAUAAUUAUAAUACAUACAUACAUACAAAAAUACAAAAAAAAAACAGAAACGGAGGAAAAAUAUAUUUUCUAAUAAAUGAAAUAAAUAUAACACAAAUAACCGAGCAUAGUUUUAAAAUCAAAACUAAAUAAUAAACUUAACUAAAAUAAAAUUGAUAUAAAAGCGAAGACGUGAAUUUAGUGGACAGUUUCCAAAUGUGAAGCUUGUGCAAACGAGAAACGUAGCUGGCAAAUUUUUAAAACAAUAGUGAAAAUUAAUAAAAAAAAAAUUACUUAUAUAUGUAUAUCUAAAAUUUACUGAGAAAACUGAAAAAUCGCAGCACGACUCAAAAAUAAAAAUGAAAACCAAAAGAUAAUAAUUAAAAAAAAAGAAAAGCAACAACAAAUUAUAAGCAACAGUUAUGUAAGUGGGUAGAUACGAGUAAGUGUAGGAUGCUAAGGGAACUUAGAGGUUUACAGUUGCCGACCGGUGAACUCUUCGUGCAGAACGGUUAUAAUAUUUAUAUGAUAACACAAUAUUAUAUACUAACUUGUAAUAUUUAAACACUUCUAUUUAUGUAUGUAUGACAUGUAAUUGUAGAUAUAAUAUUUAUGUUAAUAAAAGUAGUGAAUUACAAAGAGAGCCGAGAGCCGAGAGCAGAGUUUAAGAUAUGCGAUGAAGAAGAAGGCGCAAGCUGUUUUAAAAUAACAAAAUGUAACGGGGUUAUGGCAAACGGUGAAUGCAAAUUUACAAAUGUAUAAAUGCUAACUGCUGAAUAACGGUGUUGUGUGACAGUCGAAGAAGUGGAAAGUAGGCGGAAAAGAGAGCUAGGCGGGGAGGGGAGGGGAGUAAAGGUGGCGUGUCGAGGUGAAAUUGAAUUUAGACAUUGCGUUAUUCCUUCCAUUUUCAUUGAGUUGUUAUUGUAAAGUGUUUGCUAGCUAAAUUUUACUUUAAAUUUACAUUUAAAAUAUAUAAAUAUAUAUAUCUACGAUUUACCGUUACAAUCGAGCUGUAUGUGAUUGAUGAUUGUUUGAUUGAUUGUCUGCUUUAUAAAUGCUAUGCCGCUGCGAAACAAAAGCGUGAGAUGCAAAUUUUAAAAUAAAAGGAAAAAUAACAAAAAAAAAAAAAUAAAUAAAUAAAAACGGAAACACAACAGCGGUCAAUAGUGAAUGCGAAAAGGGAUUAUAGAAAAUGCAGAAUAUGUAAUAAAAGGCAAAUGAGAAGCAUGAAAACCGUUAUGUAUGUAUUUAGUAUAGAAUUUGCGCUGGCAACUGUUUUGUGUAGCUGAUUUAUAUAAAUAUAUAUUAUAUGUAUGUAUGUAAUUAAAAGUGUUAUUUGUAAAUUCUGUUAAGUCGACGUUUUUUUUCGGAUGCAAAAACAAAGAAAAAAGUGAAACAAAAAAGUAACACUAAAGCAAUUCUCGCAGCAUGUCUUUCACAUAUACACAUAUGUACAUACAUACAUGCAAAAACAUGCACAUGGUUGGGUGCUCAUAUGUAUGUGUGUCAUAUGCAAAGAAAUUAUUAAACAAAUUAAAAUAUUACAAACAAAAAACAAAAAAUAAUUUAGAAAUACAAAGCAUACUAGCCACGGGUAAUAAAAUGCAGCCGCGUCAAACAAAAAUAAAACGUAAUAUACCAAAAAAAAUAUGGCACUCACACACAUACACACAAUGAAAAAUUUACAAUAUGAUGCAUAAAACACAAAAAUGCUCUAUAUACAUACAUAUGUAUGUAUUUUGCAUUACAAAAAAUCAGGAACUUACCAAACAGCAAAAUAAAAGCGUAAAACAAAAACAAUAAAAUAAAAGGCAUAAUUAAAAACAUUAAAACAAAAUGCAUAAUUAAAAACAAUUGAACAAAAUUAUAUAUAUUAUAUUACAAAUCAAAUAAACAAUAGUCAAAAAUGCUAAUUUAGUGUUCAUUGCCGUGUUUAUAGUUACCAACAUCAAAAUAAUUUUUAUGAAAAACAAAACAAGCAUAAAAGAUUGCAUACAAACAGAAAAACUAACAGUUAUGUGGAAAACUUAUAAAAAAAAUAUUUGUAAAAAUGUUAUUAUUAAUUUAAAAAAUAUUUUUUGUUCAAUUAAUUUCGCCCAAUUCAUAACCUUAAAAUAACAAAAAGAAAAGCUUUUGUUUUAACAAAUUCUAUAAGUUGCUUCUAUCCGAAUACUUUACCAAAAAAAGUUGAAAGGCUACAUCUUUGAGGGUUUGCUUGCCCAUUAGUAUUUUGCUGAAUAUUAAGGGCUUACAUAAGUUUACUGGAUUCAAAAAAUCGAUUUUUUUCAUUGUCUUAUUAAAUUCUACAACACCUCUAGAAUAUUGUGUUGUUUUCUAGUUGAUCCGAGUAAUAGUUUCGGAGAUACAGCCUUGAGAACUUGUGCGCUCAAGGCUAGUUAGGCUAAGCGCGCCGUCUUUAAGACACACUUCUUUGAGAUACAAUUCUUAAA